GCGGAAGCGGAAGCCGGAAGCGGGGUCCCGGGAGCGAUGGCAGCCGGCGGUCUCAGCCGCUCGGAACGCAAGGCGGCGGAGCGGGUCCGGAGGCUGCGGGAGGAGCAGCAGCGGGAGCGACUCCGCCAGGUGUCGCGCAUCCUGAGGAAGGCGGCGACCGAGCGCAGCGUCGAGGAGGGCCGGCUGCUGGCCGAGAGCGAGGACCUUGUCACCGAGCUGCAGGGCCGGAGUCGGCGGCGCGAGGGUCUCAAGCGGCGGCAGGAGGAGGUGUGCGAUGACCCAGAGGAGCUGCGGAGGAAGGUCCAGGAGUUGGCCGGCGCCGUCCGGAAUGCCAAAUACUUGGUGGUCUACACCGGCGCGGGCAUCAGCACGGCAGCCUCUAUCCCAGAUUACCGGGGCCCUAAUGGAGUGUGGACACUGCUUCAGAAAGGGAGAAAUGUGAGUGCUACUGACCUGAGUGAAGCAGAGCCUACGCUCACCCACAUGAGUAUUGCUUGUUUACAUGAACAAAAGCUGGUACAGCACGUGGUGUCUCAAAAUUGUGACGGGCUCCAUCUGCGAAGUGGGCUGCCACGCACCGCCAUCUCAGAGCUCCACGGGAACAUGUACAUUGAAGUGAGCAGUCCUGCGGGGACACAGGGCCUGGGUGGCAGGCAGGUCCCACUCACUGUGCCUUCUUGUCCUCAGGUCUGCACCUCCUGCAUCCCCAACAGGGAGUAUGUGCGUGUAUUUGAUGUGACAGAACGCACUGCUCUCCACCGACACCAGACAGGCCGGACCUGCCACAAGUGUGGGGCUCAGCUCCGGGAUACCAUUGUGCACUUUGGAGAGAGGGGAACUUUGGGGCAGCCUCUGAACUGGGAGGCCGCAACAGAGGCUGCAAGCAAAGCAGACACGAUCUUGUGUUUAGGGUCCAGCUUGAAGGUUCUAAAGAAGUAUCCCCGCCUCUGGUGCAUGACCAAGCCCCCCAGCCGGCGGCCCAAGCUCUACAUUGUGAACCUGCAGUGGACCCCAAAGGAUGACUGGGCUGCCUUGAAGCUUCAUGGGAAAUGUGAUGAUGUCAUGCAGCUCCUCAUGGACGAGCUGGGCCUAGAGAUCCCCCUCUACAACAGGUGGCAGGACCCAAUCUUCUCCCUGGCGACUCCCCUUCGAGCUGGUGAAGAAGGCAGCCACAGUCGGAAGUCGUUGUGCCGAAGCAGAGAGGAGGCCCCGCCUGGGGACCGGGGUGCCCCACUUACCUCAGGCCCCAUCCUAGGGGGCUGGUUUGGCAGGGGCUGUGCCAAACGUGCAAAAAGGAAGAAAGCCACAUAACCUGGUGUUGAUGAAGAUAAUUGGCACUUUGUAGAUGGCUGGAACUCUUGUUCAGGGGCCAGUGUCACUGUCAAGGCCAGGUUGCCCCCAAAGGGUCUAGUGGGAAGAACUGGGGUGACAGGUCACCUUGACGUUUUUUAGCCAUUUGUCUGUCCUUAUGGGAAGCCCCCUUGCACUGCACAGUUGCCCCCAUUAUGGGCUUGACCAUCCAGGACAUCCCCUCUCCAUACAAGAGGUGGCAGCAGGCCUUUCUGGGAGGACAGAGCCGGGUCCAUCCCAGCCUGGUCGGCAGAGGAGCCCAGGCUGCCUUACCUCACUCAUCAGGCUACUCUCAGGGCCUCCCCAGUUUCUACUCCUUACUAAAAAGCUGACUUUAUAGAGAUCUCUGUUGGGUAUGCGGCAAAGGGGCGGUUCUGAGCCUUGGCUCGGAGCAGAUCUUUCUUAUUAAACAUUUCUGCACUGUG